ACUCAGAAAACGAAGAUUUUAGUAUUUUUGGAUCUCUGUUUCCCGCCGAAGAUAUAUUUCCAUGUCCCAAAAGUUCAAAGAGAUUUUGGGUGGUGUCAAUUGCUUUCACCAACUCUCAGAUAUUCAGAACCUUCUUCAUUUUCUUCUUCUCCUUCUGAUUCUGAAAGCGUAAAUAUUUCUGGGUGGUAAAGAUGGGUUCCAAAAGGGCCACGAAGCGCCCAAAACCUACCGUCUGCCAAGCCAAACCUCCUUCUAAUCACUCUCCCUCUCACACUCUCCAAACCCUAAUCUCUGCAAUUCAAUCCUCUCAGGGUAUUAGGUUGCCAUAUUUGAAAAGUCUCUACUACUUUCUAGUUUAUUUCUCAUCGAAUGGACCAGCACGGAGUUGUAGCAUGGAAAGUGCUUUAGAUAGCUUGGAUGGUCGUUUGAAAUUUGAAGAUAUACAUAGUUUAGCUGAUCUUUUGUUUGAGAAACUGCUUACCAGUUUCAAAAUCUUGUUUUCUGAUGAAUGUGCAAAGGCCUCUGUUCAUGAAUUAACCCUUCUCUUAAGGUGUUGCAUGCUAAGCUUGACUUUGGCUGACCAAAAUUUUGUUCUUGAGAAAGCCCAAGUUCUUCUUUCGGUACUUGGGAAAAUAUUUUCUUUGGUUAGAAGUGGAGGAAAUGAUAAAAGUUCCAUCAGGCUCCACAAGUCUGCAACUCGUGAGUCCUCCUAUAGUGGUGCUUCCUGCUCCGUUUCUGUUUCCGAGGACUUCUUUGCCUCCUUAUCUAUCUCAGAAUUUUCUGAUCCAUGCAGGCCGCAUCUAUGUGCAGUGCUUGAGGUAUUUGCAGAUGAGCUUUUAAUGCACGAAUUGUUGAGGAAGUGUUUUAUUCUUGCUGAUUCUACUUUAAGUAGUGCGAUGUUUAAGUGCCACUCAUUUAAUGCUGACGCUGGAAUUGUUCUUGAGGUGGUUUCUAUUCAUUUCAUCCAAUCUCUCUCUGAUGGGGAAGCACUUGAGAAUUUCCUCAACAGAUCAAGUUGCAAGCAUGGCAAGGAGUUUAGAGUUCCUGAACUGAGUCUGACUGUCGCUGUAUCAUUGCUUCUCAACCCCAUCAUUCUUUCGGCACCAAAAUUGUUCCAUGCACAUCUGAUUUUGUUAAUCUCUGAAGUCAUCAAUACUGGGAUGUUUCAUGAGAAUAGAAGACCAGAUCUUAGACAUAGAGCCUCCUACCUAACAGCAUUUGAAAGUUCUGUCAUCUUGUACACAAAACACUUGUCUAGUUUGCUUCAGGAUGGUCACUAUAUGGGUGCUAAAUAUUCUGCAAAUUCUUUUAUGUUUGGGAGCUGUCCACCUUCUUUUGAAUCUUUAAUCCAAGAAGUGACAAGGGAUAAAAUUUAUGAUACAAUUACAAAAUCAGAUUCUUUAUGGGAUUCACAUGCAUGUAAUAUGUUCAUCAAAACAAGAUCUGACCUUGUGGCUGAUUCUAUUGCAUACGUAAACAAGAGUGAAUGUGUUGAUGAGUCAUGCAAAGAUGAUGUUUUGUCAAUAUUAGGUAAUAUAAUAUUCGGAGCUUUUUCUGAUGGUGUUGGUGAUAGUGCAUUAUAUAAAAAGGGAGAUACAAGCCUUGGAGAUGUCUAUCUUCUGGCUUCCUUAUUAAAGUUAAUGAGUGAUUCAAUGUCAAAUGCUAUUUGGUAUUUAAGGUCGACUGUAAGUUUGGGUUGUUCAAAAUCCUUGGAAGGUGCUUCAUGUAAGGAAUAUGAUUUCAUAAUGGGCGUCAUAGACUGCUUUCAACAAUUCCCUGUGUAUCUACCAUAUCAGAAGUUGUUAUUUGACAAGAUGAAAACUAACCUGUCCAGGCAUAAGACAUCCAAGUGGAUGCUUUUGCAUUUUGUAGGCUUGCUAUCAUCAAGUUUUGCUAGUGGGGUUAAUUUCUUAGUGAAGGGCUGUGUAUCUACAAUCAUGACACUGAUGAAUCUCUAUGUUCUUGAAGAGGGUAACAUAAUUGCUUUGAAGUCCUUGCUUGAUUCUGUUUCAGAGUCUUCUUCCAAAUUAUCUUCUGACAAAGUUGGAAAGGUCCCAUUGGAUGAGAAAUCAAGCAAAAAGAUUGCAUCAAAGUUUCAGAAGAUACAAACACUUCGCUUGAGAACCAAUUCAUUCACAUGCUUCCAUCAAAGAUCAGAAAAUGAAAUGGAAGGAACUUUGAAAAAUACCUCCAUUCUUAACUGCACGAGAGAGUCUGCUGUUGGCAUUGAGGAGGAAACAGAGGAAUCAUGUAAUGGAACAAUGUUUCUUGAUUGCCUUCUUGAAGGCUCUCACAAAAUAUCUGAUUUUGAUGAUUUAGCGAGCUUCAUUGAAUGUGAUCCUCGGAAGGAUUAUUCUAGCUGGCUGAAGGAGAAAAAAAGAUAUCGGAAGCAGAAAUAUGAGAAAAUGGCAGUUUUAAGAUGGGAGAGAAAGAAAAGGUCUUUGAAAUCUAUGAUGGCAAGGAAAACUUAAAUCUGUGUUUGUGUUUUGUAUCUGCAACUUAAAUUCUUUGAAAGAGGGAGCAGAGGUGGUAGGGAUUAAUCAUGUAGCUGAUCUGAUGGAUACAGGAGCUAAUGUUUGGAAUCUGGAUAUGCUUCAAGAACCACACAUCUGAUUCUGUGGAGGCAAUACGAAGAGUAAUUGGCCUAGAGUCACAUGCAGCUAUAAAUUGCUCUGGACUGGGAGCGAUGAUGGUUUGUACUCCGUCAAGACCUGCUAUAAUGUCAUCCAAGAUGAUGGUCUCGUUCAGAGUUUGGUUAUGUAUGGACUCUCAUCUGGAAGGCGCAUCUAUGAGAGGCUCGACCUGUUUUUGUGGAGGGUGCUCUCUAAUGUUUUGCCCACCAAAUUCAUGAUUUGGUCCUGGUCCUGGAUUGGGAAAGGGUACAAAGGUUGUACCUUUUGUGGGAAUGAGGAAGAAUCAACUUCAUGCCUCUUCAGAGAUUUCCACUUUAUAAGACCUAUAGUUUUUGCUAGUAGAUGGGGGCUGCGGUUGGACAAAAUUUGUUGUAAUUAUAUGGAAAAGUUGGUAAAAUGGUGCUUAAACCCCCCAAGAGAUUUCCCUAAGAGGAAUAUGAAGCUGUGUAUGUUUUUGUUGGUUUCUAUGUUCUAUAUAACAUGGAAUGUGAGAAAUGAGAAAAUCUUUGAAGGGAAAAAAUCUGUUAGACCAAGUGCUGUUUAAUUUGGUAGUUUCGUCGAAAAAUUUGCAAGCUACCAGGAUCAUGAGCAAGCUUCAUCAGAUAAACCACUAAGCGCUAAGUGGAAUCCGCAUUUGCUAGGCUGGAUAAUCAUGAAUGUGGCAACAAAUUGGAGGGGAAUGUGGUUGCUGCGUUGGUGAGAGAUUGUAAAAGGAAGGUUCUGUUUUUAGCAAUGAAGACUAUGCAAUCCUUAACAGCAGAGCCGGUAGAGGUUAAGGCUUUGGAGUGGGCUACAGACAUUGCGGAAGAGUGAGCAUGGAGAAAUGUUGAAUAGAGCAGUGAUGCCCAGCAACUGGUGAAACGGAUUUGUUUAGGAAAAAGAAUCUAGCACAUGGAACAUUUCGCAGAAUGGGCUCUUACUGCUAAGACAGGUUAUUUUCUCACUCUUGGAACAUUUCGUGGACUGCAAGAGAAGCCAACAAAAUGGCAGGCUUGGCUGCCAAAAUUUCCCUUCAAUGGAAUAUUGAUUUUGGUUUUGAUGGAUAUUCUUUGGAGGAUACGCCUCCUGUUUUAUGUGCUCAACUGUUAAAAGGAGGAAGUUGAAGCUGCAAUUUCUGUGCGAUCCCCCUAUUUGGGUUCCUUUUUUGCUUUUAAUGGAGAUUUUUUUUAGCCAAAAAAAAGAAAAAAAAAAAAAGAAAAGAAAGAAGUUAUAAUGCCUAAAUGUAUUUCAGUAUAUGUUUUGUGCCUGAAAACUGCUAGGGAGAAGGGAAAAAAUGAACCUUUCCUAGUCUAAGUUAAGUGCAAUAUUUCAAUGCAAAAAUUUACCAAAAUAAAAACAUUUCGAGGCAACAUGGAAGUAAAAUGCAAUUUAUCCAUUUGUAUUUAACCAAACGUCAGAUUAAUGGAAG